AUGCCAUCUUACGUUGUCGUUGGUGCCUCGAGGGGCCUUGGUUAUACUUUUCUCAAAGUCUUGGCAGCUGAUCCAAAUAAUGUCGUGAUUGGCCUUGUGAGGGAUGUUGUUGCUGUGCAAAAGAGGCUUGAUGAGGACGGGCUUACAUCUGUUCGCAUUUUCAAAGGGGAUGUUACAAACCUUGAUCAGCUUAAGGCCGCUCGUGCAAGUAUCGAAGAAAUCGUUGGAGCAGUUGAUUAUCUUAUCUUCAAUGCGGCAUAUAAGUCAAGAGAAGCAAUUGUCCGAAACCUCGCCGAAUUUUCAGAUGAUCUAGAUUUCCUAGAGGCUGAAAUUACCAAGUCAUAUCGGGUCAAUGUCAUUGGCCUAAUCAACACCAUCACUGUUUUCAUGCCUUUGGUCCAGCGCAGCUCCAUUAAGAACAUCAUUGCAUUGACAAGUGGCAUGGGCAGUUGCGACUUCGUUAAUCAGUCAGGCAUUGAUGGUGGCAUACCCGACUCUGUAUCAAAAGCAGCGCUGAACAUGCUGGUGGCAAAGUACAACGCGACAUACAAGAGCGAGGGCGUUUUCGUUAUGGGUAUUUGUGCUGGCAGCGUUGACACUUUCGAGGGAGUCGCGCCUUCAUUUUCGGAAAGCGAAGCGGCCAGAUUCGGUGAAUUUGGGGCGAAACUGAAGGCCUAUUCGCCGCGUUUCGCAGGCCCAGUACCUCCGGAAGACGGCACGCGCCAGCUACUCAAGAUCAUAUACGCUUCAAGCCUUGAGAAUGGAAAUGGUGGAACAUGCGUCUCCUACUUCGGAUCGACCACCAAAUGGCUUUAA